AUGAGGCCGAACAGGUCUCCAGAGGAGAGCACUGAGGGAGAUGCUGGGAGAACAGAGUGGAAGCCCAUGGCCAAAGAUGCUUUCAAAGACAUCUCUGUAUACUUCUCCAAGGAAGAAUGGGAAGAGAUGGGAGAAUGGGAAAAAAUUCGAUAUAGGAAUGUGAAAAGGAACUAUGAAGCGCUGAUUGCUAUAGGUUUCAGAGCCACUCGACCAGCUUUCAUGCAUCACCGCAGGCAGGUCAUCAAACUCCAGGUAGAUGACACUGAGGAUUCUGAUGAAGAAUGGACACCAAGGCAGCAAGGUAAACCUUCUUCGAUGGCCUUCAGAGUGGAGCACAAUAAACACCAGAAGGCAAUGUCCAGGGCACCAUUAAAUAAGGAAUCUAGUUUGAAGGAAUUGCCAGGAGCAGCAAAAUUGCUGAAGACAAGUGGCUCCAAGCAGGCUCAGAAACCGGUGUCCCCUCCCAGAAAAGCAAGGAUCCCUGGACAGCACCCCAGACAAAAAGUCGAACGCAAAAGAACGGAGACUAGAGUGAAGAGGUACAGUCUACGAGAAAGAAAGGGCCAUGUGUACCAAGAGGUCAGCGAGCCCCAGGAUGACGACUACCUCUAUUGUGAGGAGUGUCAGAACUUCUUCAUCGACAGCUGUGCUGCCCACGGGCCCCCAACCUUCGUAAAGGACUGUGCAGUGGAAAAGGGGCAUGCCAACCGCUCAGCCCUCACUCUGCCCCCUGGGUUAAGUAUCAGACUGUCAGGCAUCCCUGAGGCUGGGCUUGGAGUGUGGAAUGAGGCGUCUGAUCUGCCGCUGGGCCUGCACUUUGGCCCCUAUGAGGGCCAGAUCACAGACGAUGAAGAGGCCGCCAACAGUGGAUACUCCUGGCUGAUCACCAAAGGGAGAAACUGCUACCAGUAUGUGGAUGGAAAGGACACGUCCUUGGCCAACUGGAUGAGGUAUGUGAACUGUGCCCGGGACGACGAGGAGCAGAACCUGGUGGCCUUGCAGUAUCAAGGGCAGAUCUUCUACCGAACCUGCCAGGUGGUCAGGCCGGGCUGUGAGCUGCUGGUCUGGUACGGGGACGAGUAUGGCCGGGACCUCGGCAUCAAGUGGGACAGCAGCGAGAAGAGCGAGCUCGCGGCCGGGAGAGGGCUCCAUGCACCGAAACAGACAGACCCACUGCCCCGAGGCAGCAUGGGCUUCACACCAGACGGGGGCUGGUGCUCUGAGAAGAACCAGUGCAGGGAAAGCACCUCCAAUCAGCGUGAGCAGAGGAACCGAAGCCCGAGAUCCACCCAUGUGCCUUCUGCUCUCUGGCCUUCUCCAGUCAGAAAUUCCUCAGCCAACACGUCCAACGCAGUCACCCCUCUCAGACCGUCCUGAGACCAUCUGCAAGAGACCACCUCCAACCAGAGGAUCCCUGCCCAGGCAAUCAAAAUCAGCAGCAGCGAUAUUCCGAUCCACACAGCCCAAGAGUGCAGCAGUCGCGGGGAUGGACAGCCAGCUGCCUCCGCCUCACGCUCCACCCUGACUGCAGCGGCCCCACGGCUGUACCAGCCCCUCCUGCGCGCGGCUCUGCUUGGCUGCCAGGGCUCAGGGACCCUGGGGAAGGCCAGGAACCCGGUGGAGCGCCACCCAGCGUCCUGUGAGGACAGACCGGAAGUGGCCCAGCUGCAGCGUUCUGGGCUCCCAGCAGGAGGUGCUGCGCAGGUCACCCAGGCAGGACAGCCCUGCAGCGUCCGGGUCCGCGGGGAGAGCGGGUCCGUCCACCCUGCUGGUCAGUUAGAGAUGGAGUGCGCUCAGGGCACCGUGCUGCAUCCAGACGGAGAAUGUGGGCAGAUGCGGGGUAUAGACGCCAUCAGAGCAGAGCGCCUAUCUCCGGAGCCCGAGGAGGCUGGGGCCGAGGCUGGGAAGCCCUGUGUCCGAGAGACGGAGGAGAGUGUCCCGGCCCGCGUGGCCAGCCAUCCGCUCAUGGACCGGAGCGCCUGCGACCUCUUCACCGGCCCGCGGCCUCCCGGUCCCGCAGAGAGAGCGAGCCCACUGCGCCUGCGACCUCUUCACCGGCCCGCGGCCUCCCGGUCCCGCAGAGAGAGCGAGCCCACUGCGCCCCGACGGUGCAGCCUCUGCGCUGGGAGAGCGCUAGGAGGCCCCGGGGCUCCCCCCUCCGCCUCCUUUCUUCGGGUCCCCCCAGCUGCGGUGACAGCACACUGCGCAGAGGAUGGUUUCAAGAACAGAGAUGUGUCCCAGGAAUAA